AUGCUUUCAACUCGCGGUGAAAUAUAUGCUAAGGCAGGGCUGGCCGAUGGCUACCUUGGCCCUCCUAAGACAGUCUUCGACAAAGAUACCAAACAGGGUGUUGUGUCUUUCAGCAAUGCUGAGAAUUUCCUGAUGCAAGACAUAAUGCUUGAAUAUAUCCGCACGCAGGUAUCAUCAAGCCUUGACCGCACAACUCUCACCUACCAUGAAGGCCCAUUCGGCUCAAGCCGACUACGAACCGCCAUGACCAAUCUAAUUACGAGCUACUUUCACCCCGCUACACCAAUCUCACCUAACAACAUCGUCUUCGCAAAUGGCGUGACGAGCCUCAACGCCAUCAGUGCUCUCAAUCUAACCAAUCCCGGCGAUGGCAUUUUACUAGGCCAGCCCAUCUACGGGUCCUUCACAGGAGAUCUCCGCGUUCCCUCUGAGUGCCAACUGAUCUAUACCCCCUUCCACGGGGACGAUCCAUUUAGCCCAGAUGCCGUGACUCGAUAUGAGGAGACCUUUUUGAAAGCACGAGACGAAACUGGGGUAACAAUAAGGGCCCUCUUGAUCUGUAACCCGCACAACCCGCUCGGUCGAUGCUACUCUCGCGAGACACUGGAGGCACUACUACUAUUCUGUCAGAAGUACCAAAUUCAUCUCAUCAGCGAUGAAGUGUAUGCGCUAUCGGUGUAUAGUAACGAUGAUUCCGUUGGGUUUAUCUCCGUUCUGUCAAUCGAUCCCGUCCCGCUCGGAGUGGAUCCAGCCCUAAUCCAUGUGCUGUAUGGGAUGUCGAAGGAUUUUGCUGCAGCGGGAUUACGGCUAGGGUGUUUGAUCAGUCGGAACCAGGGGCUUUUACAAGCUGCUUUGUCAAUGAGUCGGUUCCAUUGGCCUUCGAAUAUAUCCUGCAGUAUUGCCACUGCUAUUCUCGAGGACAAUGACUUUGUGAAGACUUUUCUCCAGAAAAGCCAUGGAUUACUUCGUUCACAUCGGGAUUUAGCUGCACGUACCUUGGAGGAGGCAGGGAUCCCUUUUGCGCAAGGCAGUAUUGCGGGGUUCUUCCUCUGGAUCGACCUGUCCAAGUGUUUGGAUAAUACCAUUGUUGGUAGUCAAGGCGAAUGGGCUGCAGAGUUGGAUCUGUCCCGCCGGCUACAACAGAUUGGGGUGGUGAUGUCGUCAGGGUAUGCCUAUCAUAACGAAGUUGCAGGCUGGUUUCGUGUCAUCUUCUCGGUGGAAGUGGAGAGCCUGAAAGUGGGAUUAUCAAGGAUUAUCGAGUUCUAUAAUAGCUCGGGGACCAUUGCUUGA